GCUAAGGAUUCUCGACGAAUCUUUGCUGAACCCGUCAGUCGGGAUAUAGCUCCCGACUACUACUCAGUCAUCGAAGACCCCAUGGACUUCUCGACAAUGCGCAAGAAGCUACAAGAUCACGAGUAUCUUUCCGUGGCAGAUAUGGAGGAAGACUUUAAUCGAAUCGCCUCUGAGGUCUUUAAGAAGGCCAAGGAACAGGAGAAAGUGGGCCUCUUUGACAUCUCCCCCGAACCAGACUUAUCUUCAACCUCCACUAACCUUCCGAGCGCGAUUGUUAGCAAUAAAGAAGCCACACGCACGUGCGACCUCGCUCCCUCGCCCUCUUCUCCUGUUGCAAAUGCCGCUCAAGCGGUUGAACAAGUUAGCAAGACCGCCACCGCCACUACCAACACGAUGCCAUCCCUCAAAUCCCGACAAUCAACACGUCCUGUGCCGAUCGCACUAUCCUCACCCGCCGAAAUUAAGCCCUCAGAGAUGCGCUCGAGAUUGCGUUCGCGUGGUUCAGAUCAGGUUUCACCCACCACUGCUUCUUCGGGCGAUACAUCCUCUUCCCAAACUCGAGAACCCCCAUUAAAACGACGCCGUAUCUCCGUCGCUGCCACUGCAUCGCACAAUGGCAGUAGCAGAUUACGACGGUCUACCGCACCGGCUCCGCUUCGGCUAACUCCGGCCCACGGCCUUACCACACCGGUCGCCGAGACUUCAGAAGGUAUCCCAUCUAGGGGGCGUUUGACUUCAGAAAUUGCCUCACCCACUGACGCCGCCAAUCUCCUCGCUAAAGGUGCCGGAACCACCACUGGCACCGUAUCCUCC